AUGAAAGACUUGGGUGAACUCAAAUACUCUCUAGGUAUUGAAUUUGCAAGGUCCAGUCAAGGAAUUCUAAUGCAUCAAAGGAAAUACACAUUAGAACUGAUUUCAGAAACAGGUCUGGGAGCAGCCAAGCCUGCUAUAACUCCUCUUGAUUUCAAUGUGAAGUUAACAACAAAGGAAUAUGAUAUAUAUGCAAACAAAGGCAAAGAGGUAACUGAUGAAGAUGAAGAACAGCCAGCGCUGAAUUCAUAUCAGAGGUUAAUUGGCAAAUUGCUAUAUUUAACAAUGACUCGACCAGAUAUUGCAUUCAGUGUUCAAACAUUGAGUCAAUUCCUUCAGAAACCUAAAAAAUCUCAUAUGGAAGCGGCACUCAAAAUUAUGAGAUAUCUGAAACAACAACCAGGUCAAGGAGUUCUACUGUCUAGUAAAAACAAUACUGAAAUUACAGCCUACUGUGAUGCAGACUGGGCAGCUUGUCCUCAUUCUAGGAAGUCUGUUUCUGGCUAUUUAAUUAAAUUUGGUGAGUCCUUAGUUUCCUGGAAAUCAAAGAAACAAACAACUGUUUCCAGAAGCUCUGCAGAAGCAGAGUAUAGAAAUCUUGCAUCAACAGUGGCAGAAUUGAUUUGGCUAGUUGGUUUACUAACAUAA